AAUUUGUGACAAAAAUUCAGAACAGUUCAAUCGCACGCUCAGCAGCGUUCAGAUCGCAUCGCAUCGCAUCACAUCGAGAAUACGAGUAAAAUACACACGCAAACAAAUAACACAAGGUGCUAAGCGGCUACUGAUAACAAAAAGCAAUAUAGACAUCAUCUAUCAUCAGCGGAAUCUAGAUCGGCAACAGCAACAGCAUUCGGGCAACUGCUAAGGAUUUUGUGUACUCUGGGAUUUGACACCUCGCGAGUGAAGCCCAAAUUGAAAUCAAACAAAGUGCAAAAGUGAAGCAGAACCUGUAACCAAAAGCCAUAAGCCAUAAAAUAUUACAGCUCAGCUGAAAACCAUUUAACGGAAACCCCAAGCCCGCAUCAAAGAUGUUUGCAUACACUUGGCAAGCUUCAGCUGUGAUCCUACUCAUGGCGAUGGCUCUGACUGCCGCCCGGCCGCAGCUGCAGGAGGUGCCACAUGCGCUUCUGGACAUCGAGGCACCCAAUCAGUUUAGCUACAGUCCAUCGCCGCUCCAGCAGCCGGACAGCCUUAGGUCCAAGCCGUAUUUUGACUUCCUGAGCACACUGUAUGCCCACGACACGGCCAAGUCGAAUCUCUUCCGCCCGUAUUCGGGACGUCCGCGUCGCGAUGUGCCCAGCCAGAGCCACAGGCAGGAGCGCCAACGUCGCGCAAUCGUUUUCCGGCCGCUGUUCGUCUACAAGCAGUCGGAGAUCCGGAAACAGGAGAUCAAGGACAGGAACGCAGAGCGACGCAUUGAUGCCAAUUUACGCCGUACCGUCCGUCUGUAGUAGGCAAACCAUUAGGCAAGCCAGCAGGCAACCAACCAAGGAUAUGCCAUGUCCAUUGGUCUACUACAGGGUCCUCUAGCACUAAGCCUCUAUUGUGUCCUUAGCGUUAAACAUAGCCCAGCACACAGCACACAGCACCAAGCACAAAGCACGAUGAGCGGAAGAGCAAUCAUCCAUAUAUACGUAUAGUAAACACCAUUCGCACCGCCUUCACCACCCACCACCCACCACACCCACACCCACACCCACACAUCCGCGUAGAAUAAGUCCCGAUACAUUUGUUAUACAUUUUUGUUACUGCAAUGUUUUUUGAUUAAAGCUAACAAAACUGAUUUUGAAA